UGAGGCCUAUUUAUAACUCUCUUUAGUGGAUAAGGCUGGUGACAUCCGAGGAGAGGCUCAAGGACUGUGUGCUCUUUUAAAGGGUUUUUGCAGAAAAUAAUUAUUUCUCUGGGUUCAUUAACUCUUUAGGGAAAGGAUGGGAUUUCUUACUUUUCUUAUAUUACCUUUGCUUAUCUUGGGGAUAAGCGGCAUCAUAUAUAUAUACAGAGAAGUUGUACGUCUGAUGUCCAGAUCAGCGGUGAAAAAUAAAGUAGUAGUGAUUACUGACGCUGUGUCGGGCCUGGGUAAAGAAUGCUCCAGGGUGUUCCAUGCUGCGGGAGCUCGACUGGUCCUCUGCGGGAAAACUUGGGAGAAGCUGGAAGCAUUACAUGAUGCCCUUAUAAGUGUAGCAGAUCCAAGUGUGACAUUUACACCCAAGCUGGUUUUACUGGACAUUAGUGACAUCAAUGACAUUGAAGCUAUUGGCAAAGAAAUCCUGGACUGCUACGGAUGUGUGGAUGUGCUAAUUAAUAAUGCCAGCAUGAAAAUAAAAGGACCAGCACAGAGCGUCACCUUGGAGCUGGACAAGAAAAUCAUGGAUGCCAAUUAUUUUGGCCCCAUUACCUUAAUAAAAACCAUUUUGCCUCAUAUGAUUUCAAGGAGAACAGGACAGAUUGUUCUAGUGAAUAACAUACAGGGAAAACUGGGAGUUCCGUUUCGUGCAGCCUAUGCAGCUUCUAAGCAUGCAAUUCAAGGAUUCUUCGACUGCCUACGAGCUGAAGUGGAAGAGUUUGAUGUGUUUGUAAGCACUGUGAGCCCCACAUUUAUCCGGUCAUAUCACCUUCAACCCGAGCCUGGGAACUGGGAAGCCUCCAUCUGGAAAUUCUUUUUCAGAAAACUGGCUUACGGUGUGCACCCUGUGGAAGUUGCAGAGGAAGUUCUCCGCACAGUCAGCAGACGCAAACAGGAAGUGUUCAUGGCUAAUCCUGUCCCAAAGGCAGCAAUUUAUGUCCGAACCUUCCUGCCUGAACUAUUCUUUGCUGUGGUAGCAACUGGCGUGAAAGAGAAACAUUUUCUGGAAGAGGAGAAAUAAAUGUGAUAUCCAUCAAAUAAUAUAGAACACAAACCCUUUACUUCACAUUUUUAUUAAUUGUGACUGUAGUGAUCUUAGAUAGUCUUUAUGGGCUUGAUUCAAUUGAACGCAAAUUGAAUAGCGCCAGGAAGAAGGUUCCAGGCUAUUCAAUUCAGCACUCUGAUUUGUCAGAAAAUGCCCGUAAUCAUGCCUCAAACAGGUGUUUAGGCGCGAGAACGGGCAUUCUACAUCAUAAUGCUGUUUGUGCUGCGCUAGGGCACAAAGCAGCAUUGCGGCACUAGUUUUGUCGAAUGGGUACGAGAAGAAAUCCACUAGUCAGACUAAACAGUGCGCUGAAUUGAAUUGCGCAAGGGACCUCCUUCCCGACACUAUUCAAUUUGCAUUCAAUUGAAUCGAGCCCUAUAACUAUUACAUUAUGUCCUCUAAACACACCAUGCUGAUUAUAAUAGAUGAUUACAAUAGUUCUACAUGUUUAUGGGACUAUUUAUGAAAUAACAAUUGCGGCUAUCUCCCAAAAAUGGCUAUUUUCAGAGGCUACGUUAAAAUAUUUAGGAUACAAUGAAUGUAACAUGGAUGGACCGCAGCCACGGUUUGCCACGGUCCUCCAUUUCCAACAGUAGAAGCAGUCCCCAUAGGUUUUUAGGGUUUGCUAGGCUGCUGCUGUAGCAUAUGGACUACAUAUCAAGAAAAUCUGUAGGAACCCUCCCCGCCGCAGUACUGCUGCAGCUUCCCAAGAGAGAAGUGUAGUGAUUGCUUUCAGGGGUGGUUUAAAAGAGGAGGAAGCCCAUGUGCAGACUUCAUCCAGGCCCGCUCUUUUCACCAGUACAGCAUUAUCUACUACGCAGGGUUGUUUUUUUUUCCGUAUGGGCUCUUGCUCAAGGGCCCCAGGAGUAUAAAGGCCCUAGGCUGAUAGCUGAGGGUCCCCUUUUUCCAGGGGGUACUAGAUUUUUUUAAAUCGGCCCUGGUGAACUGGAGAUAUCGGACUACAAAGCAGUGGUCCCCAUAUGGGCCUGUUAAUGGCUGAUACCAGCCAGAUAUCUUGAGUUCUGUCUGAUGUAAAGUUUUUGUGAGUAUAUACUCCAAAAGCUGGGACUCUCCCCUUUCAGUGGACAUUGGCAGCUUGUCUCUGCUAUGCCCAUAACCAGAGAUAUCAGCCUUCCAGCAGCUGGUCCCAGCUCCGGCUUCACACGCCUGGUAUGCAGUUUUAUAUUUUAGUUGGUGGAUUGCUCUGGCUCCUGAACUCUGAUCCCCAAGUCCCCGGAAAGUUGGGACUUUUUAGCUUUUUAUGACAUUGAAAUCUAAUCUAUUUCCAGGAACUGGAGAUAUCUGCAGCCAAGCAAGCUGCCCUCCCACCAGAAAAUUCUGAAUAUUAAGCCCACUCCACUAUCCACCCCUCCCCUGCAUAUUAAACACCCCAUACCACCCUGGAAGUCAUGUACCAGGGCUCCUUUAUUCAGCCCAAUGCCCCCUUCUACAGUUUAGUGAUCUCCCUCCUGCCCCAUCUCCCACCAUCUGUACAGUAGAAAUUACUGCUCCAGGUCCUAUAUGCUGAGCAGAAGAUAGAACACCCCCUACUGCCCGAGGGACAUCAAAGCUGCCGUUGAUAGCAUCCCCUACCCCUGGAGCAUUGGUAGGGGCCCCAGUGCAUUGCUUUGCCCAGGGACCUACACUGCUGUUAAGACAGCCCUGCUACUACGCAUGCUCUGGGAAAAUAGCUGCUUACAUAAUUUGUUAUUGCCGCAAAUAGUGGGGAUAAGAAAUUAUAAUGAUCAGGUCUAAAAUAAUUGGUAAAUAUGCCCCUUAACAAGAAUGAAUAAAACAUUAUCUGGUAUGGGGAAACAAUUACAAUUUCAAAAGAAAUUUGUCUGUAAAGCAUUUGCAGCUUCUUGAGCCUGUGGAAAUCAAUGUCGACCGCACCAACGAGACUUGUGAGCGGCUUUAGACACUGUCGCUAUUAGCAACAUGCCAGUGACGUGCUCACGUCUGCCUUAACACCCUCUUGUUACCUCCCAGGAACACCCACUAAAAACCAUACUGCCAGAGCUUCCAUAGAGAUGCUGUUUCAGUGAGGCACUUUCCCCAUUAUGAAGCUUUUUAGCAAAAGACUUCCCAUCCUAGAUGCCUGCAGCUCCUGGAGAGGAAUUUAUGAUCCCUGUCCUGGGAGACUGUAGCCCAUACACUACAGUGGCUAACGGCAUCUGAAGAAGCUCAAAAAAACACAUUUUUCUUGAGAGUCAUAAAUAGGUCCAAACCGCAGUCCUCACUGAAAGAAAACGGGGGCUGCAGUCUUCAGCAUUAAUUUGCCAAAUACAGGCAAUAUUUCUGAUAGGCUUUGUUAAAUAACUUUUUUCAAAAAUCAUGAGGAACCCACUAUUUCCACCUUAUUUUCAUGGUAACGAGGUUAAUAAAUAGGCCUCUUCAUUUUUCCCUCUUAGGCACAAAGAAGGGUAAUCUGACAAUUUUCAAUUUAAGCAAAUUAUCUAGCGGAACACAUGACAUUUCACACAAUACAAUGGUUCAACUUCAAAUUGUUUUUAAAAUUUUCUUUGCCAUUAUUUGGCGAUCAAUUUAUGGGUAUAUAGGGCUACUUUUAUAAAUCAGUUUGAUUGGUUGAUUAAUUUGAAUAUUAAUGAAGAAGAAGAACAGAAAGUAAAAGAAGGUGAUUAUUUUGCCAUGUGCAUUCUACAUGACACGGAAAAGCUCAAGUAUUGGUGAUGCUCAUAUGAACUUUCUUUAUUAUUAAAGUGUAAAAUAGCAGGUGAUAUUUAAAUGUAUAGGAUGUUACACAUAUAUGUAGAGAACAUCACAAGAAAGUGACCUGUACUCAGGAAAUGAAGAAAUGUACACAGGAGGGCAAACUAUAAAUAUAAACAUAUGUCUGGUA